AUGUUCAGUUUUUUCGGACAUCGUAAUAAAGACUCUUCCAAGAAGUCAUCGUCAGAGGGGGAUAUAGAUGGGUUCGUGAUAAUAGGUGAGAAACACAUAUGAAAUGUAAUCCUGCUGACUUUGUAAGAGUCAGACAUUUGUAGCUGCUAUAGGCACUCAACGUCUAGGUGCUCAACUAAACUUUGAGGUUUCAGGUCAUCCUACUGCUCAGUAGGCUCUGCUCAGUUUGGAAACCACCACAUUAACUCACCAUCUAACAAGUUGGGCAGAACACAAAGUAAUGCUGUGAUUAUCAUUUAAUCCAUGAAAUGUGUGGAUUCCACAAUGCUCUUCUGGUUGUACCAAUCUUGUUUCAGAAACCAAUGUCUCUAAAUGGCGGCUGGGCCUCUCCUGAUCACCUACCGAUAUCACCCAGAACAAUGCUUCAGGGGUUGUGUCUCAGAUAGUUGCACACAAUGUUGUCAUUGUGUCCAGUGCUACUUUAUUAUACAAUUGUAUUUUAAAUGUUUCAAGUCGCUGUACACAUUUAGUCAAGAACAUAGGCCUAUAUUUUGAGUUUCGUGUUCUUUUUUACAUUUCUAUUAACCUUUUUAUCUCCAAGACUAAAUCCCGAACCUCUACUUUGUAACACUAAGCUUCUAAAAAAGUUUCAGUCCACAUGUACACUAAACAAAAAUAUAAACGCAACAUGUAAAGUGUUGGUCCCAUGUUUCAUGAGCUCAAAUAAAAGAUCCCAGAAAUUUUCCAUACACACAAAAAGCUUAUUUCUCUUACAUUUUGUGCAAAAAUGUGUUUACAUACCUGUUAGUGAGCAUUUAUCAUUUGCCAAGAUAAUCCAUCCACCUGACAGGUGUGGCAUAUCAAUAAGAUGAUUAAACAGCAUGAUCAUUACACAGGUGCACCUUGUGCUGGGGACAAUAAAUGGCCACUCUAAAAUGUGCAGUUUUGUCACACAACACAAUGCCACAGAUGUCUCAAGUUUUGAGGGAGUGUACAAUUGGCAUGCUGACUGCAGGAAUUUCCACCAGAGCUGUUGCCAGAGAAUUUAAUGUUAAUUUCUCUACCAUAAGCCGUUUUAGAGAAUUUGGCAGUACAUCCAACUGGCCUCAACUGCAGACCAGGUGUAACCACGCCAGCCCAGGACCUCCACAUCCAGUUUCUUCACCUGCGGGAUCGUCUGAGACCAGCCACCUGGACAGCUGAUGAAACUGUGGGUUUGCUCAACCGAAUAAUUUCUGUACAAACUGUCAGAAACCGUCUCAGGGAAGCUCAUCUGAGUGCUCGUCGUCUUGACGUGACUGCAGUUCAACGUUAUAACCGACUUCAGUGGGAAAAUGCUCACUUUUGAUGGCCACAGGCACACUGGAGAAGUGUGCUCUUCACAGAUGAAUCUCGGUUUCAACUGUACCGGACAGAUGGCGUCGUGUGGCGAGCGGUUUGCUGAGGUCAACGUUGUGCCCCAUGGUGGCGGAUGGGUUAUGGUUUGGGCAGGCAUAAGCUACGGACAACGAACACAAUUGCAUUUUAUCUAUGGCAAUUUAAAUGCAAAGAGAUACCGUGACGAGAUCCUGAGGCCAGUUGUCAUGCCAUUCAUCCGCCGCCAUAACCUCAUGUUUCGGCAUGAUAAUAUACUGCCCCAUGUCGCAAGGAUCUGUACACAAUUUCUGGAAGAUGAAAAUGUCCCAGUUCUUCCAUGGCCUGCAUACUCACCAGACAUACAGUACCAGUCAAAAGUUUGGACACACCUACUCAUUCCAGGGCUUUUCUUUAUUUUUACUAUUUCCUACAUUGUAGAAUAAUAGUGAAGACAUCAAAACUAUGAAAUAACACAUGGAAUCAUGUAGUAACCAAAAAAGUGUUAAACAAAUCAAAAUAUAUUUUAUAGUUGAGAUUCUUCAAGUAGCCACCCUUUGCCUUGAUGACAGCUUUGCACAGCAUAUGUGGGAACUCCUUCAAAAUUGUUGGAAAAGCAUUCCAGGUAAAGCUGGUUGAGGGAAUGCCAAGAGUGUGCAAAGCUGUCAUCAAGGCAAAGGGUGGCUACUUUGAUGAAUCUCAAAUAUAAAAUAUAUUUUGAUUUGUUUAACACUUUUUUGGUUACUACAUGAUUCCAUAUGUGUUAUUUCAUAGUUUUGAUGUCUUCACUAUUAUUCUACAUUGUAACAAAUAGUAAAAAUAGGUAGGUGUACGUGUGUCCAAACUUUUGACUGGUAGUGUAUGUCACCCGUUGAGCAUGUUUGGGAUGUGUACGACAGCAUUCCAGUUCCCGCCAAUAUCCAGCAACUUCGCACAGCCAUUGAAGAGGAGUGGGACAACAUUCCACAGGCCACAAUCAACAGCCUGAUCAACUAUGCGAAGGAGAUAUGUCACACUGAAUGAGGCAAAUGGUGGUCACACCAUUUACAUUUACUUCAUUUAGCAGUUGCUCUUAUCCAGAGCGACUUACUAAUUGGUGCAGAUACUGACUGGUUUUCUGAUCCACGCCGGCACUUUUUUUAAAAAUAUUUUUUUUAAGGUAUCUGUGACCAAUGAAUGCAUAUCUGUAUUCCCAGACGUGUAAUCCAUAGAUUAUUUCAAUUGACAGAUUUCCUUAUAUGAACUGUAACUCAGUAAAAUCUUAAAUUGUUGCAAUUGUUAUUUUUUUGUUCAGUGUAGUUUUAAAUUUGUCACCAGCAUUGAAUAAUGUCUUUCAACACUUCCUUCAGAUUGCGAUGAACCUGAAAUGAAAGUAAGGCGUUGCACAACAAAGUUUUCUCGUGCUCAUGGGCAUGGUAAUUUUGCAUAACAAGAAAUAAGCAUAAUAUAGGAUUGCUACACGCUUUACUGAAAAAUGAAGGUAAAUCCUGCCAAUUUUAAAGGUCCAAGGCAACAUAACCUCCUUUAGUACCUUUUCAAAUUCUAAGCCCAAAAUAAUGAAAAUGUUAUUGUAAGUCAGGAAUCUCCCUCCCCCUGCUCCCUCUUUCCUCUACCAGUAAAGUGCAGUAUAAUUGGCUCUUUAUCCCACGGCGUUGACUGGGAGCGCUGCUUGUGGACCUGGGUUCAAAUACUAUUCAAUAAUUUCAAAUACUUUAGCUGGGCUUGAUUGAGUUUGCCUGGUGCAAUGGAACCAAUAAAGUAGUUGCAAAAGUGCAAAUGCCACCCAUCUGGCACUCCAGACAGGUUAAAGCUGAUUCCAAAAGUAUUUUAAAGUGAUUUCAAGUAGAAUUUGAACCCAGGUUUGGCUGUUGGUGGAGAAGUAGACACAGAUGGUCAGGAGUUGCAUGUUUCUCUUGGCAGACAGAAGAGAGCCAGUCUCAGAGCCAGCGUUUCUUCCCAGAUAAAGUAGAAAGAGUCUGACUGAGCUCACAGACGUUUUAGUGUAAACUCAAUGACUGUGCUCUGUUUAUUCACAUUCUCUGUUCAAAGGUGUGUGUGUGUGUGUUGUAAGGAAGGAAGGAAGGGCUCAGUCAGAUGGCUGGUGAGGAAACCAGGGAGUUUGAAAGGUGAUUCACCAAAACAGAAUUAAUAGAUUUUCUCUGGGUGUAAUCAGUGUUGAUGGGAGUUGUUACAGAGUGCAAAUCCAACAAUGUAGGACUACGCUUCAGUCAGAGUUGGGGUAGUGGCUUUCAAUUCAAGUACAGUUAGGCUAGUUUGUCCAGUUGCAUUGAAAAUGAACAUUCAUAGAUCAUUUUCUUUGAGGAUUUUUAAAUUUAAAAUAGUUUUUACUGUAUAAACUAAAAAAAAUAAAAGAACAGCUGUGACGGUUAGCUAUGUGUUUCCCUGAAAUCUGCCAUUCACAUUUGCCAUCCGCACCACAGCCUCUUUUCACGUUAUGCUCUUUCCUGGUACUGAUGGCUCCAGACCAAAGGGAGCAGAUGUUCUUACAAAGUGAAUCUGUGGGGCUCUGUCUGGGUCCAUAUGGCAGGUGGGAUAUCAUGUGCCACUCUACUAACCUUUCACUUUCCCAGCCAGUGACCUGCCGGUUGGGUAGGUUCAGGCCGAGGCUGUGGGAGAGAGCCCUGCCCUCUGGGAUUUUCCGCUGGGACUGGGAGGCUGGCAGCAGGAUCCUCUGUGGCCCUUCUCGCCGCCAUCCACAUUUGGUUAUUCAGGCAGAGAGAAAUCCUCUUGGGGAAAGAGGGUGAGGGAGAGCGCGAGCGCAAGGAGAGAAGGCAGUGCAGUAAAAAAAUUGAUUUCCCCCCCUGUUUUUUAAAUGAUAUUUCAACACUGUGGUUGAAUUAAUACUAUGAAAUUGUGAAAAUUACGAUAAUGCCCUUUUAGUGAAAGAGCUGUUAUUUAUUUUUACGGCUGGAUUUUCAGCCGUUUUCUGGCCCACAGCAUGACAUCACAUCACAAUCUGAUCUGAUUAUUCUGACCAAUAACCAGUCAUCUUUUAAAUUUGCAUAUGCAUCCUCCUACAUUGAAGGGGUAAGCGGGGUAGACUCUAGACAAUCCUAUCUGCCAAUCAGGGCUGUGUAUGUAAAUAUAUAAACAUUUGAAUCAACACGCCCACACGAUAAAACUGAGCAUUUCUAUGGCAAAAGGAUGCUCAGGGAAAUAAAUGAUAAAAAAUAUGUUGAGUUAUUUUUCAUGAAAUAAACACACAGUGAUUUAUUAUACAUAGUGUGAUUUAAAAAUGAAAUAAAAAAGAUUGCAUGGUGGCUUUAAGGGAAGAAAAAAAUCAGCAGAGUCCACCCCUGACGCUAGAUGGAAGGAUGGCUCACAUUUGUCAGGGGGUCAUGGAGUUUAAAUCUCAUUUUACCUUAGAAGAUUAGCUAAUUAGCUAUUACAAUAACGUACUUUGACAGGAUUUGUAGCCUACAUCAGACGAAUCCCUCUUCCCAGUCUAAGCUGUUCAUUUGUAACACCACAUAUUUUUUGCCCUGUCAGAUGGAAUAAGAUGAGAAAGGAUUUGUUUUACUAUCGCCCUAGUCAUCUCUGUGAUGAUCCAAGUCGAGGGCCUUCAGUCCCGCAAAGGCAGGAUGUGUGUUUGCACAUCCGUGUCUGCAGCUGACACUCUCGAGGAGUGGGCCUGGUUGACUGCUGAAGUCAUGAGCAGCUGCCUGUGCCCUUUCUGGGAGCCCAUCUCCCUGUCUCACAGGCUCUUAUCCCAGCCGGUAGACAGACAAUAUCCUCACUUGUAUUUGGAUGGCUGUCAGUGUCUACAGUCUCACGACAGUUCAAGUUGUCUCUUUCACUAACCUCAUGUUCAAUAGGCCUACACCACCACGUUAAUUUGAACCUUUGUCCUCAGCUGUUGUGUUUCCCUGUCUAAAGUCUUUAUUUAUUUAGCCAGGAUAGUUGGCCAUUCAGUAACAGUUGCCACUGUUUUCCAGGGAGUCCUAAAGUCAUUGCAGGUAAUGCAAGGGUGUGCAUGCAUCAUACAUGUUAGUUCAUAAGUGUUUUAGUCAUUGAUCACUGGUCGCUUAACAGAAGAUUGUGACUUAACCCAUCCAGAAAAUAAGGCUAACAGUGUCUCAUUAGUAAAGCUAGUUUGUUCUAUCCUAUCUGGACUGGCAGAGCUGUUUAAGAGAAGCCUGCUAGCCUGACAAGCUGCAUGUCAUGGACAAGGUCCACAAUCUGAGCAGGUCACACAACUCCAGUACGAAUCAUGACAUAAUGUGAUGUCAUUGACAAGGUCCACACUGCACAGAGCAGGUUGAUGCAGAAUGUAACUGUGCUCCUUUACAUUCCUCUUCGCUUGUGUUAAGUUGAUCAGCUCAUGAUCCAAGCCAGAACGUAAUAGGCCUCUCUCCUGACCUGACACUGUUUAGACAAGAUUUUCAAUUUGACAUAAAAAAAAUAUGUUUGCCAGUCCAGUUUCCACUGGCAGCUAUCCAAACACACAAAGAGAGUCUUUUGACGAUGUUGAACGUGAAAAUAUGCAGCCCUACAAUAAUGUGAAGUCAAGUACAACCAAACUAACCUGUCCUCUGUAUCAUAAAGCAGAGAUUGUGUGUGUAUAUUUCCGUGCUUUAGCCUGGUUAUCCCGCUCUCCUUCUGAAGGAUUUAGUGAAUGGGAGGGAUAUAUUCCUGCACGCUAUUGAGCAGACGAUGGAUGGAUGCUCUGUGUUUUACUGACAGAGGGAGAGAGGCCUGUGUCUAACUGACUGAGUCCAGAGACAAGGCCAUGCCUGUACAAUGCUGACGACACAUAAAAGAGGAGAAUACAGGCUUACUUUACAUGGCAUUAUUUAGAUGCCCUUGUUGUCUUAGAGGACUUCCACUGCUUGCUGUGGAAUAAUGUGUGCUCUGUAGGUGAAGGUGAACAAUGCCUACCAUGCCAAGAAUUAAUUCACAGAUGUGGAUGGAAAUGUGGGCUGGUCAGGAAAUUGAGGGAAGAUCUAGGGCUAUUUUUGUACCUGUAGGCCUGAGGGGGGAAAUCAAAGCUAUAAAUUCAAGGCAUAAAAUACAUUUAUAUUGCAUACCUAUACCUCAAACAUGGAUGGAAAUAUGAAUAUCCAUCAUAACAGUAAAGUAAGACAAUAGACAAAAUAUUUGUAUUUAAAUAAAAAAUAAUCUGAACUUGAUGUUACUGAAGCUGAGAGACAUUGUACUACUAGACUAGAGUAAGCUGAUAGAUCCCAUAUUGUUCCUGUGCAGAGUAGAGUAACCUCUGUUUAUCAGGGUGCUCUGGGCCUCAAUUCCCUCUCAUGGAGAUCAUUUAACCCUCUAUAGAGAGAGACAUUGGUGUACUGGAGACUCACUGAGCUCAGAUCAAAGGAAGCUGGUGAGAUCAGGGAGGAUGACUCCAUGCUGGAGAGAGAGUUCAGUCCCAGAGGAGAGAGGGAGGAGUGAAGAUGGAAAUGGUUACAAAGGAGAGGAAAGGGAGGGAAGGAGAGAAAAAGGGGAGGGAGGAGAGGGAAAAAAGAGCGAGGGAGAAGAGGAGAGUUCGAAAAGUGUUUAUCUGUGGACAUUGACAACAUGUAGUUAAUUAGUCUAGUUACUAAGGCCCAGUAGUUGUCCCCCAGAUGACAUGAUGCAAGAGGAAUGGGGUUGGGAACAUAGGCUAGGCUACACCAGAGAGAGCUGCAGGCAUGCUCUGGUCCACAUAGUGCUCUGUGGAACUGUAGUACUAACUGUGUUAAUGCUGUGUAAUCCAUUAAUGUGAUCAGAACGCCACUCCACUCGUUAAACCACAUCUAAUCACCCAAUUGACCUGGUUGUCCCAAUGAAGGAAAAAAUACACCAAUCAGGCUAAUUACUUCUAUUAUGAAGACCACGGGGCAAGUAGGACUUGGAGAGGGGGCAAGUAGUGGGUCUCAUGCACAUGUAUUUUGAUGAAGAAUCUAGGCCUAGGCCCACGGUGUAUAAAUGACACAAUGUCUCUUGUUUUUUUUUUUUCUCCAGGAGAAACUGUUGAGGAACAGAGGCAGAAGAUCCAAAAUGUGAACAUCAGCAAACCAUCAUGUAACGUCAUUGUGCAACCAUCAAAGGUGAUUGUCUUUAUAACCAGGGGGUAGCGCUAUGCAGAACAUACAGUAUAACACACCCUAUGGGCCCUGGUCGGAAAUAGCACACUAGAUUGGGGAUAGGCCGAUGGGGUGUCAUUUAGGACGCAACCUGGGUUGUGUUACACAAAACUGCCAAGAUGUUCAUCUUGCAUAUGCUGUACCAGGAAACACAACUGUUGUAGACUUAAACAGACAGCAGUGAGACUGACUGACUGAAAGGACUGUGCGUUUUCUCUCUACCUCUCUGUCUGGCUCAUCCUGCCUGCGUACAGACUGCCUACAGUCUGCUGCUGCUGUGUUGGUGACAGAUGCUGAGUGGUAUGGGUGUGAUCCUGUAACAACACACACACACACACACACACACACACACACACACAGAGGCUUGCGGGCCAACGCAUGCCACUACCAUUCAGCAUGCUCCAUGCCUGCUACACUGAGUCUGGACUGGACUCUGGACAUAUGGUGGCUGUAGAAAAGCUCUAUUGUGUUGCUGCUAGUUCUCCGUAUGAUCUGGUUGGUCCUACUAGUCCUCGAAGUCGCCUGUGGUCAUUUAUUAUGGGUUUAAUCAAGGGCAAUAUUUCAAUGGAAGCUGUGUGUGUGUUGAAGCGUAAGCUGCAUAUGGUGACAUUGCACUGCAGCUUGGCUCCCAUUCAAUGAGUGAGAUCUACGGUGUGCUGUGCCUUGCCCCCUCAUGUCGUGCACACAGGAAGUUACAGACCCUUUUCACCUACAUACUGUCAGACACCUACCUACAACACUGUAAAUCUGUCCUGCUUCAGGGUGGGCAAUAUAUGACCAAUCAGGAGGUACAGACGGCAGGACCACUACCUUCAGUGUUCUGUAUUGUUUGUUACAGAGGUUAUAUUAGACAAUAGUGGUUACGGUUUAAUAUGUAAGGUUACUUUAUAUGUGAAGUGCUAGAAGUCAUGAAAAAUAAGGAAAAGACUGCACACGGCUGUUCAUGCUCCCAGGUGAGUCCUCGUCAUCAGUGUUUGAGAGAACAAACACUCCGAGACUCAUUAAAGGAUGUUUCCGUGGUUACGUCCCAACUGAAUGCUAUGUUAAUUGCAGAGGAAUAAGCCAUUUCCUGUAACAACAACUUCUCUGCAUUUAGGCUUUCAUUCAGUCUUAAUUACAAGACCCAUAGCACAGCUUAAGUCUCCAAUCUAGCACUUUAUGUCUACACCAAAUCCUUUUGAAUCAACAAAGUCAAUUGAAGAGUAAAAAUAGUAGUCCUAUAAUAUCAUGGUAGACACAGGCAAGAAUAAUUGUAUUGUGUGGUACUUACUUGUGUUUAGUGGUACACUUACUGGUAUCAUGUUGAGUUUUAAUGUCACAUGCACAAGUACAGUGAAAUGCCUUUCUUGCAAACUCAAAACCCAACAAUGCAAUAACAAUGUAUUACUAGAAAAAGGACACACGAGAAAGAAGAAUAAGAAAUACACAAUAAAGUAAGUAAGCAUACUAUAUAGAGGAAAUAUUUAAAAAGUCAGUUCCAAUACCAUAUUUACAUGUGCAGGAAUACUGGAGGGAUGGAGGUAGAUAUGUAUAGGGUAAGGUGACUAGGCAACAGGAUAUAAGAUAAACAGAGUAGCAGCAGCUUGUAUGUGAGUGGGUGUGCGGGUGUAAAUGUUUGUACAUAUUAUGUGCGAGUGAGAAAAUGAUGGAGUGUGCGUGUUGGCGUGACAGUGUGUGUGAGUGUGUAGGGCCCUGUGAGUGUGCAUGGAGACAGUUCAAAUAUUGAAAUAGAAGGUCAAUAAAGAUACAAGUUAAACUCGGUCUGUGUAGCUAUUUUGUUAGCUAUUUAUCAGUUGUAUUGCUUGGGGAUAGAAGCUGUUCAGGAGGCUGUUGGUGUCAGAGUUGAUGCACCGGUACCUCUUGCCGAGAAAACAGCAGAGAAAAUAGUCUAUGCUUGGGUGGUUGGGGUCUUUGCCGAUUUUCCGGGCCUUCUUUUCACACCGCCUGAUAAAGAGGUCCUGGAUGGUAUGGAGCUCGGCCCCAGUGAUGUACUGAGCUGUCCGCACAACCCACUGUAGCGCCUUGCGAUCAAGGGCGGAGCUAUUGCCAUACCAAGCAGUGAUGCAGCCAGUCAAUAUGCUCUCAGUGUUACAGCUGUAGAACCUUUUCAGGAUUUGAGGGCACAUGCCAAACGACUGCGUGUGUGUUUGGACCAUUUUAAGUCUUUAGUGAUUUGGACACCGAGGAACUUGAAGCUGUCUACCUGCUCCACUGCCGCCCCGUCAAUGUGGAUGGGGGCGUGCUCGCCCCCCAAUUCCUGUAGUCCACGAUCAGCUCCUUGGUCUUGCUGACGUUGAGGGAGAGGUUGUUGCUCCGGCACCACAUUGCCAGGUCACUGACCUCCUCACUGUAGGCUGACUCAUCGUUGCCGGUGAUCAGGCCAACCACCGUCGUGACGUCAGCGAACUUGAUAAUUGUGUUGGAGUCGUGCGUGGCCACACAGUCGUGGGUGAACAGGGAGUACAGGAGGGGAUUAAGCACACACCCCUGUGGGGCCCCUGGGUUAAGGGUCAGUGUGGUGGAGGUGAUGUUGCCUACCCUCACCACCUGGGGUCGGCCCGUCAGGAAUUCCAGGAUCCAGUUGCAGAGGGAGGUGUUCAGUCCCAGGGUCUGAACACCUCCCUCUGAGUUGCUAAGGUUAUGGUUGGGGACAACAUCCUAGUGACUUCCAUCCUUAGGAUGUUGCAGAGUUCUGAAACCUCAUCUUGACGGCGUCAUGACACUGUUUUGUGUUCCAUCACUAGUGUUUUAGUUGCAACCUAACCACUCUUAAAAAUCUGUUUUCAUGUUUGCCAAAAGUUAGCCAUGUUAGUGUUCCUUGUCAUGUGUAGCCUACACUUGUUUCUAAAUGCAAUGCCUGAAGGUGGACAUUUUCUCUCCUCUUCUCCCCAGUCCUCCAGUGCGACACCUUCCCAGGCCCACCACUCUCCAGCUCCUGCUCCACCCUCUGUGAUCGCCCCAUCACCAGGGCCCAUGUGGAAGCCCCCCGCACCCAUCGUGGAGGCCCCCCCGUCUCUCCCAGAGCUACUAGGAGAUGUCCCAUUCACCCUGGCCCCCCAUGUCCUGGCCAUGCAGACAGGGGGUCCUGGGUUCCCCCUCUUCUCUGAGAUGCUGAUGUCCCCCCGAGACAUCAACCACAACCUGGCCUCCUUCACUUAUGACUUCACCCUGGAGAACUCUGUGCUCUGUGACCAUUGA